AUGGCGUGGCGCGGGAUCCAGCAGGAUCGAGAAAAACUGAGCUGUUCGAUCUGUCUGGAUGUCCUCAGGGCCCCGGUGACCGUCCCGUGCGGACACAGCUACUGCAUGAGCUGCAUCAAAGACUGCUGGGAUGAGGAAGAAAACGACAGGAAGAAAACACACAGCUGCCCCCAGUGCAGGCAGAGCUUCAACCCAAGAGGGGACCGGGAGAAAGACGUCGAGGCGCUUCGACGUCAGGUGCAGGCCACGACCAGUUCGGCCGAUGAAGCGGUGAGGGACAGCGAGAAGAUCUUCACCGAGUUGAGGCGUCUGCUCGAGAAAAGGAGCUCCGAGGUGAAGCGGCAGAUCCGAGACCAGCAGAAAGCUCAGGUGGGUCGAGCCAAGGAGCUGGAGGCGAAGCUGCAGGAGGAGAUGGCGGCGCUGCGGAGGAGGGACGGCGAACUGGAGCGGCUCUCUCGCACCGAGGACCACCUCCACUUCCUGAACCGCUACCCCUCGCUGUCCCGUCUGAGCGAGUCCGAAGACUCGCCCGGCAUCAACACCCAUCCCCCGAGGUCAUUCAAGGACGUGGCGGCGGAGGCCAGAGACAGACUGCAGGCGCUUCUGAGCGAGGUGUGGGGAAAGGGCGUCUCGCCGCCUCCGUCGGAGCCCGGAACCAGAGCCGAGUUCAUGAAAUACUCGUGUCGGGUCACGCUGGAUCCAAAUACUGCACACAAGCGCGUGUCGCUGUGCGACAGGAAGAGGAAAGCAACGUUGAUGGCCGGAGAACAUUUGUAUUUGAGUCACCCGGACAGAUUUAGUGAACGGUGGCAGGUCCUGAGUAGAGAGGAUCUAACUGGACGCUGCUACUGGGAGGUGAAGUGGAGCGGCAAAGCCGGUAUAGCCGUCGCAUACAAAGACAUCAGCAGGACGGGGAGCGCCAAUGAAUGUGGGUUCGGAUACAAUGACAAAUCGUGGUCGUUGGAAUGCGACGGUAAUCAUUGUAUAUUCAGGCAUAACGAUACGUGCAGUCCCGUCUCUGGCCCCCAGUGCUCCAGAGUGGGCGUGUACCUGGAUCACGGAGCAGGGACUCUGUCCUUCUACAGAGUCGCUGACGCCGUGACCCUCCUCCACAGAGUCCGGACCACGUUCACGCAGCCUCUCCACGCCGGACUUUGCCUUCCGAGAUCUCAAGGAGACUCCGCCAUGUGGUGCGAGCUCGAGUAG